AUGUCCUGCAAAGACAUCCUAGUCUUAGUAAAAAACAUGAGAGCAGAACUCCUUGCAGUUAGGGAAGAAUGCGCUAAAUCAGUGAAAAGAUUUGAAAAUAAAGUUAAUGAACUCAAUUCUGUGUUGGAAGCUAGAAAUUCAAAAAUCCAAACGUUGGAAACUGAGAUAUCAAGCCUCAAAGGACAAUCGAAAGCCAUUGACGAGCGGUUUAAAGAGGAAAUAAAGGAAAAUGCUGAAGAGGUACCUUCUCUAAAGGGCAAAGUAGAGACUAUGGGAAACAAAGUCAGUAACACAAGUAGGGAUCUCGACCGUAUCAAGAAAAAGCAACACCAAGGACAUG